UUGAAUGUAAUGAGAAAACAUACUUAUUUCUAAGCUUCUAUCUGACAUUGAUGAUUCAUGCUCCUUUUUUCCUGCAUCUUACUUUCAAGUUUAAUUUCUAUAUCUGUUCAUCAAUAUUGUUCGAAUUUUAAGGAUAUGGAUUCAGCUUCUGGAGGUGACAAUGGGAAUAAAGAGUCUGCCACCACGAGUGAAGGUGGAUUUAAACCAAGGGACGAUCAUCUGGCAGUGCUCAUGUCAUUAGGCUUCUCUAAAAAUGCUGCCACAAGGGGAUUAUAUUAUACUGGGAAUUACAAUGCUGACUUAGCUGCAGCUUGGAUCAUUGAAAAUGAGGAUAAAGAUAUUAAUGCACCAUUUGAGGCUGAUGCAGAAGAUUCAGAUGACAGUGAAGAUGAUUACAUUCCUGAUGGUGUAGAUUUCUAUAAGAUGGUGUUUGUUGUCAACAGUGAGUUCAGUAUGGGAGUGGGGAAAGUAGCGGCACAAGUAGCUCAUUCAGCAUUAGGUUUACAUCGGGUGUUAUUAGAAAAUCCACAGAAAUAUGGGCAGAUGUUAAUGUCAUGGGAACAGUUUGGGGAAACCAAAAUAGUAGUCAAGGGAGAAAACACAUCACAGUUAUUAGGAUUAGCAGCCAAAGCCAAUACCAUGGAUCUCCCUAAUUAUCUAGUUCAAGAUGCUGGCAGAACACAGAUUGAACCAGGAUCCAUUACUUGUCUGGGCAUUAUGGGAAAAAUUGACCAAGUAGACUCUGUCACAGGAAGUCUGAAGUUACUAUGACAACACCAAAGCUUAGCUGUGAUUGGAAGAUCUGUGAUUUUAUGUUCAAUGCUUUCAUUGUAGCAUUUGUCAUGUUCAGUAUACAUGCUAUUUAUAUCAUCAACUUUUGGAUCAUUCCAAACAGUGUGAAAGGGGUGCUUAGUAGACAUAUGAAUUGUACUUAAUAUUUGAGUUGGACCUUUAAAAGGUGCUAGAAGCUUAAGCAUGGUUUGUCUCCUUUGAAGGAAAUUGAAAAAUCUUUUAAAAUGUGUAUUACAAUCACUGUCUUUAGUUUUAACUAUACUUAAAGAGGUGCCCAGUAGACAUAUGAAUUGUACUUAAUAUUUGAGUUGGACCUUUAAAACUUUUAAAAUGUGUAUUACAAUCACUGACUGUAGUUUUAACUAUACUUAAUAAAAAUUGCUUUAAGUAUUUUCUGUCAUUAGUUGAUCAAUUCAAAUUUUGCCUCUGCUCAUCCAGUGAUUGUAAUCGUCAUUAAUUAACAUUGAUAUUUAAACAACUUUCUUGUGGAUGUAGACAAAAAUCCAGUCAUACUCAAUGGAAAUUUCUGCAUUUAAAAUCUAACAUAGUAAGUCUUCGUCAUUUGCAUCUAGGAUAAAAUAUAAAAUGUUUAUAUGUUUAGAGUGCGAUGUCUGUUAAAUGUAAUUUUCAGUCAGAACUUAAGUUGGCAUUUUUCAUGAUGAUUUGGGUAAUUCACAGUGAAUCAUGGAAACAAAAUAUCUCUGUAUAUUCUAAAUAUUAGGGUCUUGAUGGUGUACUGUAUAUUAUCAGUAUUUUGUGCAUUUUUCCUUUGAUCUUUUUUUGUGAUAAUUUUCAUAUCAUGCUACUCGUUUGAGAUGGCAAAUUAUCGCUAGAAACUAAG